CCCCCCCCCAUCUGCCACCCCGCCUCCCCCGUUCUUUCCUCCCUCCCCCUGUUCAUCUGGCCAUAGGAUGACCGCGCGGAAGCAAAAACGCGGCUCUGGCGCCCGCUCCACACAGGCGACCCCGGCCCCGGCCCCGGUGUCUACCCCAGUUGCCUCGGUCGAAGAGCCGAGCCAAGCCACGACGGUCCCGCCUGGGACAGAUCUCCUGGCGGCCGCCAACUCAGCUACUGCCGCCUCCGAGGCCCCGACUGCCACCACCAAUGACGACCCCGCUGUCGAGACUGAGGCUCUCGUCCAGGCGGAGGCCACUACUGAUGAUGGACCUGUGACUGAUGCCGAGCCCACCGUGGAGGCCGAGCCCACCGUGGAGGCCGAGCCCACCGUCGAGGCCGAGCCCACCGUGGAGGCCGAGCCCACCGUGGAGGCCGAGCCCACUGCCCAAGUGGAGCCCAUCACUACCCACCCGGCCAAUGGAACUGAACUCACCGGCGCAGACCAAGUUCAUGAGCUUGCCGAAGCUACGCAGGCCCUGGAGGUUGUCGAUGCUGAGGUGGCCAUUUCCGAGAGCAUUACCGAGGUUUCCGAGCCCAGCGCGGCCGAUGACCACGGUGCCCACCACAUUGACGGCGUCUCUUCGGAUGUCGCCCCUCUGGAUGAUGGCAUUGAGGUCAUCAACGUGGAUGCUCCCCUGGCCCUUGGUGACGAGGAGGUCAUCGAGCGUCCCUCGCCAGAGACCGCCUCGCCGACUCCCAGCAGCUCCGAUGCCGGGACGCUGGGCUCCGAGGACGCGGUCGACCAAGUCGGUGCACUCUCCUCCGACCCUUCGUCUCCGGCGUCGCCGCCCUCGCGCAUGACUCGCUCCGCCUCGACUGCCACCUCGCCCUCGACCACCACCUCCUCCUCUUCGGCCGACGACCCGGGGAUCAUUCACAUCACCAGCCCGACCACCCGCCAGCCGUUGUUCAACAACCUGGCCGAGUUGCUGCCCAACAGCCGUGCUCGCACUGGGACCCUCCCUCUGGCCACCGGCCCCCUUCCGCCCGGGAUUCCUCCCGGCCGGACGCUUGUUUCGAUGAAGCCGCGCCCACCGCCAACCCUCCCGACGGGCGAUGCCAUCACCCCAGGCUCAGCCACUGCCACCAUGAUUUUGUCCAUGAUUCCCGAUGGUGAGCUAUCGCAGGUGGUCACCACCCAGGCCAUCGCCCUCCGGAAUCUCCAUCAGGCCAAUACUCGUCUUCGGGCCCUCAAUGCCUUCGCCGCCGAGCGCAUUGGUACCCUCAUGCCCUCGAUGGAGAAGCACAUCCGCUUGCUGACGACCAUGCGUGCCGACCUGGACAACGUUUUCCACCGGAUCAGGGUACUUCAGAGCAAGCUCCAGAAGCGCUUCCCUGCUGCAUUUGCUGAAGUGGAGAAGCGCCGUGCCCUCCUCGGCAUUUCCGGUGAGGUGUCUGAUGACGAGUAUUCCCAGAAGGAGGAGGACGAGACUGAGCCGCUGGAUGCUUGAACCCCUGUACAUGCGUGCAGCCACAGGUGGCCUCUCCCGAAAGCCCGACUUCGUUUGGGCAACCACAAAAUAUAUACCUACACAUGCAAA